UCCCUCGAGUCGGCUGCAGUAUCAGGUCCAAUGUCCAGUUCACCCGUCACGCGCUCGAACUGCCGCUUCCACAAGAUCAGCCUACCCAAGGAAGAAGGCGGCCCGCGCAUGUGCUUCGUCGUGCCCGGGUGCUCGCUCGGCGACAAGGAGCUCAUGGACGAAGAGGAGAUUGAAGACCACGGCCCGGCGACAUACGAAGACUACCGCCAGCUGCUCGGCAACAUCGAGUUGCUCGACUGUUUCAGCUCAGACCUCAUCGGCGUGCUGCGGCAGCUUGUUGGAGUGGACCUGCUCCGUGAAAACGAGGUGUUCUAUCUCGUCCAGCCGGGCGAGGAGGCGCUGUUCAAGAAGCGGCCGAAGAAGAGCAGGAGUAGGCGGGAGAGUAGGAAGUCGUUGGGUCUCUCGAGGGGGCUCAGCGCGAUAGAGACUUCGUCAGUAAUGGGGCGGAGCGCACCGAACUCGCCGUCGGUGUCGAAGCUGAGACACGAUGAUUGUCGGUCUUCUCUAGUGCCUCCGUCGAUCCGGCCGCCGGAUUCGAAAGCGGAGUCGGCGCUGUCCUCCGCGCCGUCUAUCAAGAACGAGGAACCUCAUGAUUCUCACGAAUCCAUUGCCUCGUCAUCCAAGCCCAAGGCGAAAUCGCACAGCUCACGCGGACAAUCGAUGUCAGCCUCGGCUUCGUCUUAUGCUCUAUCAGACUACGACGGCGAAGGUGACGACGAAGACGGGGAAGGUGCUAAACCCGGCACGGAGAUGAAGAAGGACAAGACGAAGGCCAGCCUGCAGAAACGCACGUCGUCUGUGAAGAGUGCUGACGGUGGUUCUGGUGCGAUUGCGAAAAAGAAGAAAGAGCGUCCGGCGGCUGCCGACCUUGUACGGCGACGCAGCAAGCGCUUGCAUCCUGAUGCAGCGGCGUACCAACCUCGAGCUCAAGAGGAGGAAGAAUCUUCGGAAGAUGAGAUUCUGGAAGCGCGCCGGCGCAAGAGGACUAAGAAGGGGACAAAGAGGAGCCUAGCAGACGGUGAGGAGAACGGAGACUCGCAUAGGGCGAAGAAGCCCCGCAAGACGGGGAGUGUUGAUCCAUGAGACAUUGACUACUAAUAUCUUCGAUUCCUUGUUUUGUUUCACUUCGUACUUGAUUCAAUCCGUGUCGUCGUUGUCAUCACUAUUACAUAUUAGUCGAUUUUACUCCGAAC